UCCCAGGCGUGUAGCCAGCGCCGUCGCGGGUCUGGAGGGGAGGUGACGCUGCUGCGAGGAAGAUGGCGGGUGGGGUCACUGUCGCGGCCUCAGCCACGGCCACAGCUACGGCGGCGGCGCUUGGGGAGGUGGAAGAUGAAGGGCUGCUGGCGUCGCUGUUCCGGGACCGCUUCCCUGAGGCCCAGUGGCGCGAGCGGCCCGAUGUGGGCCGCUAUCUCCGGGAGCUGAGCGGCUCGGGGCUGGACCGGCUGCGACGCGAGCCCGAGCGCUUGGCGGAAGAGCGGGCCCAGCUGCUGCAGCAGACGCGAGACCUGGCCUUCGCCAAUUACAAGACGUUCAUCCGCGGCGCCGAGUGCACCGAGCGCAUCCACCGUCUCUUUGGCGACGUGGAGACGUCCCUUGGUCAUCUACUCGACCGCUUGCCCAGCUUUCAGCAGAGCUGCAGGAACUUUGUGAAGGAAGCUGAGGAGAUCAGCUCCAACCGCCAGAUGAACACCCUGACCCUAAACCGGCACACAGAAAUCCUGGAGAUUUUGGAGAUUCCCCAGCUUAUGGACACUUGUGUCCGGAACAGCUAUUAUGAAGAGGCCCUGGAGCUUGCAGCCUAUGUACGCCGACUGGAAAGGAAAUACUCAUCCAUCCCUGUCAUCCAGAGCAUUGUUAAUGAAGUGCGUCAGUCCAUGCAGCUGAUGCUGAGCCAGCUGAUCCAGCAACUGAGGACCAACAUCCAGCUCCCAGCUUGCCUACGUGUCAUUGGCUACCUUCGGCGCAUGGAUGUCUUCACUGAGGCUGAGCUGAGGGUGAAGUUUCUUCAGGCCCGAGAUGCUUGGCUCCGCUCUAUCUUGACUUCCAUUCCUAAUGAUGAUCCUUAUUUCCAUAUCACAAAAACCAUUGAGGCCUGCCGGGUCCACCUCUUUGAUAUCAUCACCCAAUACCGUGCCAUCUUCUCCGAUGAGGACCCCCUGCUGCCACCUGCCAUGGGCAAGCACACUGUGAAUGAGGGAGCCAUCUUCCAUGGCUGGGUGCUGCAGAAAGUCUCACAGUUCCUGCAAGUGCUAGAGACUGACCUUUACCGGGGGAUAGGUGGCCGCCUAGACUCUCUGCUGGGCCAGUGUAUGUACUUUGGGCUGUCCUUCAGCCGGGUGGGGGCUGAUUUCCGGGGCCAGUUGGCUCCUGUGUUCCAGAGGGUGGCCAUCAACACUUUCCAGAAAGCAGUUCAGGAAGCAGUGGAAAAAUUCCAGGAUGAGAUGACCUGCUACACCCUCAUCUCAACCUCAGCCAUCCUGGGCAGCAGUCACAUGCCUGCUGCUGUGCCAGCUACUCAGCCAGGAACACUUCAGCCACCGAUGGUGCUUUUAGACUUCCCACCCCUUGCCUGCUUCCUCAACAAUAUUUUGGUUGCCUUCAAUGACCUGCGCCUCUGCUGCCCCGUGGCCCUGGCGCAGGAUGUGACUGGGACUUUGGAGGCUGCCCUCACCAAGCUAACCAAAAUAAUCCUGGCCUUCCAUCGUGCGGAAGAGGCUGCCUUCAGCAGUGGAGAACAGGAGCUCUUUGUCCAGUUCUGCACUGCCUUCCUGGAAGACCUCGUUCCUUAUUUGAAUCGCUGUCUUCAAGUCCUUUUUCCACCAGCUCAGAUAGCCCAGACCUUAGGCAUUUCACCCACCCAGCUCUCCAAGUACGGAAACCUGGGGCAUGUGAACAUCACCAUCAUCCAGGAGCCUCUCGCCUUCAUCCUGCCUAAAAAAGAGAUGGUCUUCUCUCUAGAUGACCAGGAGCUGAUGCCUGACCUCGUGGGCCCAGUACUGGAGCUCCCUGCUGAGCAGCCAAGUCUGGAGUCCUUCACUUCAGCACCCCCUGAGUUCGACUCAGGGAAGGGGGAGUCGGGAGUGCCAGGGGUGCAGGAGGAGCCGCUGCCCCGGGAGCCGAUGGAGAGGGAGCAGCCGCCUAGUGAGGAGACAUAGGUCGUGUUCACUGCGGGGAGUCGAGCAGCACCCAGUGCGCAGGGGUCCCAGCCGCACCGGGGUUAGCAAGGUCGCCGCUGGUGUGGAGGCCUUGCCCUGGACGGCUCGGUGACAGUCAAGGGGCCGCUUCCGGUUUAUCUGGGAUGUGGGGAGUUAAUAAAGCUGAUGACCGUCA